CAAUCGAUCUAACUAUCAAGUUACAAGUUUUGGCUGCUGUCUCCAAUCCCCGAAAUUUUAGCGGCUGCUACAAGUCUGACGAAGGUCAUCAUUUAUCGUCAUGUAGACGAGGUGAAAUUUGCUGUCAUCGGUGGAGAUGAGCGGAAAGUUGCUGGAUUUUAUUUCACAACCAGGGAAUGGUCUAAGAUGACGUCAUUCCACCAUUACCCGUGGGUGGUUGCCAUGGUGAUGUGGCUGUGCGUCCUCGGUAACAAUGCUGAGGAGAGCCCUCCCAUGCAUCACCUGGUGCUGUUAGAGAACCUUCCACCCGAGUUUAACCACACCUCCAACCCCGAAAUCGUCAUCCGUACCAACUACAGCGGACUUGUCCACUUUAAGGAAUCGGAUGAUUUUAAAGUCCUGCUAAAUAUCACAGCGCCCUCUAUCGACAAAGCCUAUGCAGUACACUCACAGAUGGUUGCUGACAAGGGGAGACUACUCAUUCAAGUGUAUGAAGAGCCCUCUGCAGCACGCCCUAUCAGUCUUGGCUGGAUAUUCCUGUUGGUGGGUGUGGCUGCUUGUAUGGUAGCCACCCUGGCUAUUCUGUAUGCAGUGUGGUGGUACUGUAGUAAAAAAUACAUCGACAUUGAACAGGACAAUCUGCGCCAUGGCAACGUCAUGUACAGAGUGAGGAACAGCAUGCAUCUGUCUGCGACACAGGGGGAUGAGAUGAUGUUGCCCCGGGGAGACGAUGACCAUGACACGCUCCCUAACGACGACCCAUUGAGAGGAGUACCAGAACUCCCAGAACAGGAGGAGGCAGAGGCUAUGGAGAUGGAGGAACUACAAGCUACAGAAAAGCACGCAGUUGAUGGAGACAAUGAGUAUGAUUAUGAAAAACGUGUUGCUAAGAAACGCCUGCAGGCUCAGACUAGAAAGCUUCACAAAGAUUACUACAAGAAGGACAUGUCUAGACGCAAGAGACAUCCGUCCCUCAACGACCCGCCAUCUUAUGAUGCUGUGAUGGAGUAUCCGAACGAGUCCAGUGAUGAAUCUGACGAAUCCCCUGAACACGAUACAAGUAAUCGACGUCUGCUGCCAACUAUAGAGGGUUCCGAUACAUCACUAGGGGAUAGAACCUACCAAAACGUUUACAGGGAAGGUGCCAUCACCACAUUCCGAACACUGGACACUCACAUUCCGGUUGCUCAUUCAGAUGGUGACCUCACCCUGGCAAACCUAGCCAGUCGUAGAGGGCGCAACCUUCCCCGCCUAGCUAAGGGCAUGGUAACACCCCCAGUUGCUAUGUCAGAGGAGAUUUCUCGGCCAAUUUUUCCCAGAACUGAUAGUACUACUGUUAAGGGCAGUAAAGAGACUGUGGUGGCCCGUGAAGACAGCAAUGCUUCUCCCUUCAGGGUAACAGCUGUCGUACACCAAACCACACCACAGUCCCCAGAACAUGCUGGGUCACGCCCAGGCAGUACCACAGGGUCACGACCUAACAGUGUGACGGGGUCAAGGCCAGGUAGUGGUAAGGGGUCACGACCUGGAAGCAGCACAGGAUCAAGGAUCAACAUUAACUCCCAGCUAAGGCCUGCUUAUGCAACAAUAAACCAGGCCCACCCAGUAUCCACCAUGGACUCUGGGAUCUACACGAUGGAAAAGAACCCCAUGGACAUCCCAUUAACCAGCUUUAAGAGUCGAGGACCUCCCCCACCCAUCCCUGUCAAACCCCCAGUUCUACCAACAAACAGGAAUACACCAGUUUCAGGAGCUCGAAGUCCCCAAACUUCUGACGUACAAGACCUAUACCAGUAUGGCAAAUUGGAGAAUACUGGCAACCCAUAUCCUCCUUCACUAGUGACAUCUGAUAGUCUAACAAGCCCAGGUGGUCACCGCUUCAGUUUGAUGAGUGAGAAAACAUUCUCCCUUUAUGGUAGCAGUGAGAUCUUCGACGCUAAUCAACAACAGCGUGACAAGGACUUUGACGAGGAAGAUAGUGAAUCCGAUAUUGAGGUAGAAAUUCCACCACUGGGAGAUUCUGACGCAGAUAUUCUGUCAGAUGCAAGUCUACCACUUCCCAGUCCCCCAGCAUUUAUCAGACCUCAGGGGUCUAGUUAUGCAUUUGAUGGAAGUCCGAUCAGUCCUGCAGCCCGGAAGUUCCUGUACGGAGACAGUCUCCACGGUAUCUCUGCGAUGUCUCCGGGAUUAGAUGACUGGGAUGACAUGAGAGGUGGUCGACUGAUAGCAGCCACUGCCUCCCCGACCAAUACAUUAGACAAGCACUUUGUGUUCCCACCUCCGCAGCAGUCCCAGGACUCAGGGAUGUCUGACGGGCCCGACAUGUCCAGCUUCAUCGACAACAACGGUUCCGCCACACCCCCGCCACUUCCUCCUCCAAACCAAGCACAGAGGGCUAUUUCUGACAUCCAAGGUAAUCACAUCAGUCUACAGGCUCCACCCUCCAAGACCUAUCAAUCCCCGCACCGGUACUCCUAUUCCAGGGAGGAAGGGCGAUCCCCUCACCACCUUCACCCCGAAGGGCGGGAGUAUGCAGAGCAGAACGGCCACCGGGAACGUCAUCGUCAGGCAUCAGGAGGGAAACCGGGCAGAGGAAGGGGUGGAAAACCUCUAUUGGGGCCCAAAGUCUUGCAUCUGACAGUCCUAUCUACCCUCUGCAUACUGAGCUUGGCUAGUGGAGUCUAUGCCAAGAUGGCCGAACCUGAAACUGAGGUCUAUAUGACUGUGUAUGCCCCACGAAAUUUCCUGGCUGCCCGCCGCAUCAGUGUGUACUUCAACCAGGACAAGAAAGCGGACAUUGAGGAAUCACCGUUCGACGUUCAACCCUAUGUUGCUUCAGACCCGAUCCUGUGGCGUAUGAACUCUUCACUAUGUACAGGCAAUAAGUGUGCCCAGGGAUGCGAUGAGAACACGGGACGCUGUAUAUGUAAGAAGGGCUACAAACUGGACAGUAAAGAUGGCACUUGUAAAGAUGUGAACGAGUGCCAUGAAAUGACUUUCCGAUGUCACAAGGAUGCUGGCUGUUUGAACAGUAAGGGAUCAUACGACUGUCGCUGCAGUUUCCCAUUUUUUGGAGAUGGAAAGUUUUGUGAAGAAUGCACCAAGGGCUGCCCAGAAAACAUGUGGGAGGUACAAGGGUGUACCAACAGACAGCCUAAGAUCUGUCGAGCCUGCACAAAAGUGUGUGUCGAUGGCUUCUACUUGCUGAGUGCCUGCCACACAAACAAUGACAUCACCUGUAGGAUGUGUCACCAGAAGUGUACGGGAGGCCAGUAUGAACACAAGCAGUGUACCAGGAGACAGAAUCGUGAAUGUCGAGAUCGAUCAGAGCUGCGGGAGCCAUUGACUAGUGAAAAUGUGGUCUACGAGAACCAACUGGAGGUUACCGAUGAGGAGGCCAAGAUGCCAUAUACACCGUCUGACUUCACUGAAGUACGAAGAUUCACCUUUCACAGAGGUUCUGGUUUCUACAUCAAAGUGGCCAUCAAACAACUCAACCCAACGUUUGUGUUUGAGCCAGUCGAUCAUGCUGACAACAAUGACCUUAGGUCGUUCCCAGGACAACAAAGCAUCACUCGCCAAUAUUGUCCCUAUCCUGUUCCUGCUCACUACGAACUCUUUUAUCUCAAACAUCAGAACCAGAAGUACAGAACGUAUAUGACAAAGACUGGUACAGUUAUAGAGCCAUGUGAUACCUACACCCGACACGGCACGUACCCUGACCUCCGUCAUCACGACGCGGGCUCCAUCCUGUGUUCAGAGCCAGGCCCCGUCAGUAGUGUGUACGCCAUCCAGCGCGAGUUUGGCACCAGUAAAGACACUUGGGUUGAGAAAUCUGAGAGUUGCCAGACUGAAAAUGAGGCUUGUCUCAACUGUACAAUUCGGUGUACACUUGACAUGAUGAAGGACCAGGGCCAGUGUGGUGUGCGAGAGUCGGACGGCGAUGGCGGGUCACCACGGUUACCAACAUGCUUUGCCUGCUGUAUACAGCAGAAUUGUACAGACACAUGUCGGGAUUACCAUGAUAGGGGAUGUCAGACUGUCAGAUGUCAGGAAGGAAACCUGAUUGAGUUCCGUCUCCGACCAGUCUACAACAAUGGGGAAGACUACCUGUGUCAUGUGACGCCAGUCACUCAUCAGAAGCUGAUCGAGUUAGAAUAUACCAUCAUGCACUUCCACAAAGAGUUAUUGCGUAACAACAUCAGUCUCUAUGGUAACAACAACUGGAUGACGACGGGCAAAACAGAUCACAGGGACAAGAUUAUUACCAUACAAAUUGACUCAAAGCUUGGCAAGAUGCCCAAUUUUGUCCAAGGCACACCAAGCACAGGGACAAUGAAAGUGGGUGUGUAUAAAGAGGAAGGGGCAAAGGUCAAACACGCCCACAUCACUGGUUCAUCAGCCCUGGCACGACCAGUGUGGCCGUUCAAAGUGACAUCAUCAAUAUUUGGGAGUAAGUCAUGUGAGGACGAAGCACUUGAUGACCUUGUCCUGGCGACAGGGUCAGAAGACCCAUACGUCCCGAUUCCAGACCUGCUGGGGGUGUACGUGGGCAACAUGAGCUACAUCAUCACCAACUUCACCACCCAUCCACGUGUCCGCAUCGCUGUCGACAAACACAUCUCUGUCCUCAGUGUCCUCUACCCUAGCACCGAGCUCAUAUUUGACCGUCUCCACGGCAAUAUCACCCACAACUCCUCCCAUUGGCUUGUUGAUGUGUACGGCGCCAUCAAAACGUGCCCAGGUUUCCUGAGGUUGAACAUUUCGGAUGCAGACUAUUCAAGUGACCCGUUGUUUCAGUAUGAGCUUGGAAUCAAAUGCCCCAAAACGUUUAACAUCUCCUUCUUUAUUCCCAAUGGAGACAAGCCUUACUUUGACAAAGAUUUUAUUGUUACAAUCAAGGAUCGGCUGACCACCUACCACCUCAACAUCUAUAAACCAAGGUCAAAGGUCAUAGAGACAACAACAAAGGAGGUGAUCCGUGGUCAGCUGCUGAUGCUGUCGUCCGCUGAGGAUGUCACUCCACCCCACUUCUCCAUCCCGUUUAUCGCCUCCGUGUGUGGCGGUACACUCCUCCUUAUCUUCAUCGCUACCUUUGGCAUCUGUGUUAAAUUCAACCAGCCUCGGGUGGACGUGCUGCGGUUCCAUUGGUGUCACCUUGUCCUCAUGGUCGGCUACAUCGUGUUCCAGUUCGUGUUCGCCGUGCUGGCCUCUAUGACUGUGUUUGUCCUCAUCAUCAUGGCAGUCAAUAGUGACACCACGGCCUUCCUCCAGAACUAUCAACAACAGCGCUCUGUCAAGUCAGCAUACAGCCACCUAGAGCUUGACCACAUGGAGCGCCACCUGCUGGCAGAGAUAACAAGACAGAACCAACUGUCCAACAGUUCGAAGGCUAUGUGUGAACAACAAAUGUACAAGAUCACAGAAGAUUUUGCUAAGUUGAAGGUUGAGAUGGAAAGGGAGGCGAAGACAAGGAUGGAACAAGAGAAUCUUAACAACCUUCUGGCUGACCACACCCAGCAGCUUCUACAGAGCUUCACCAAUAGUCUAUCCAUCUUUAGUUACCGAUACAAUAACUACCUGAAGUACACAAGGCAGGUCUUCUCCUCUGAUAUACGUGACACCUACGAUAGUGUGGAGAAAAACAAGUGGCUGUCAGGAGCUAACUUCCUGCGACGUAAAGUGAAGAUUUUACGGGACAUGAUGAACCUGCCCACCAAGCCGUUCAUUGAUUGGAUGGGGUUAAAGAAUGACCUCUUACAUACAACAACUGACACCCCGAUACCAACUCCACAACUACCAAGGUUCAGUAUGGCUGACACGGUGAUGGGAGGGACCAGUGGCCAGUCACAACGGUUACCAACGACAACGUCCAAUCAGAAAACACUGGAGACACAUAACUACUGGAUAUACAAUAACCAACCUCAGGGCUACAACAAACCAUCGUACGAACAAAACGGGACAGAGACCCAGACCGGUGGCCAGAAGAUGUCAGGGGCUGGUUAUGGUGGAUAUUUUGUAUUUUUUGGUUUGAUGUUGUUUAUAGACCUAGUGUGGUUCCUUCACCGUAUGUUAAAGGCCAUAGGUAUCAGUCAGCUCCUGUUGUUUGGGUAUCCAAUCUACCUCGACAUCCGCGACAAGACAGCACGAUCCCGACACGCCAGUGAAAGUGAAGCGUAUAUAAAGAAGCGAAAAAAAUGGUUUAAACAAGGAUUUUUCCAUACAAUGAAGGAAUUCUUCUUUAAAAUACUAUCAAGUAUGUUUAUACCGAAGGUGAUAGCCACGGUGCUGGUGUGUCUAAUUAUGUAUGUGUUGUCCGUGGCAACCUUCCACUUCGUCAACAGAGAGACAUUCAGUUACCUAGGAUAUUACAACAACAUUGAUGAUCUCCUAAAAAUGAACGAAGACUUCAUCAAUAAUCGUAUAAAGGCCCAUUCGAUGCGUAUCAACAUGAUGGAGUACCCAACAUACCAAGAGCUGGUAAACUUACACAUACAGCGCCACCAUUACGUGUACAAGAUGGUGGAGAGACAAUGGCAGGUCCUCGGCGAUGCCCACGGUCAGCUCUACUGUAAAUACCUCCAGCAACUGGACGUAAAGGCCAAGUGUAAUAAACCACUCAACACCAGAUUCAACGAUAUACAGAUAUCAGCUUGUCACUUUCAGCAGGUCGAACCGGAGCUGUAUGAGGGACAUUCAGGGGCGGAGUCAACGGUGGCGGAGGUACAGAUGGAUGCAUUCCUGAAAAGUAUCCGACAGAUGAUUUCUGAUACGAGCUACAUUGUCCUUAUCUACCUGUCUGUCAUCAUUGUCAAGGAGCUGCUUGGUACAGUCAUCUGGCUCUACAUGAAACGGUCUGGUUUUAUGAACCUACGUAUAAUAUAUGAAGCUGAUGAACCACCACCACCUGCCUCAAGGACUAUGUAGAAGGUCGCAGUUGGAUCUUUAAAAUUCUCUUGUGAACAAUACAGGCAUAAUAAGUGCUUAUUGCUUCAGAUUGUUGUACAUUUACUGGAGCUACUCUUGUUACUGUAUACAACAGAAGUGUUGUAGGACACAAGACUGUCUUGUGAGAGCAAGGUUUUUCCUGGUUGUUAAACAUUAUUAAAAGACUACGAAAUGCAAUGUCGAACGCCACUUGGGAGGUUGUGAGUAGCUCAAGUCAUUGUGAUGAAGAUUUGAAGGUCAUCAUUGUUGUUAGAGGUCAAGGUCACUCCUGGUUGUUGACCACUGUUAAGUGUGGGAGGUAAUUAGUGUUGUUCUUGGUAUUCAAGGACACUCAUUUGUUUACCAAAUGUCGUUUGUCGACACAAUACAUUUGUACCAUGCCCAGGGCAUUGUAUUUAGCAUUAGUGACGUGACUUUUUAUCCCGAAUCUCAUUUUUGAUGUGUAACGGAGAGCAUUUGUGAUAGCUGAUUUGACCUGCUUUUAAUGUGUAAUUAAACUUGAUAAUACAUUGUACCUGAUACAGUGUAAAAUAGACUGUUUUAGUGCUACAUCAAAGGGAGUAUAUUGUUCCUGAUACAGUGUAAGAUCGACUGUUGUUUUAGUGCUACAUCAAAGGGAAUACGUGUCAAACUGUGGAAGUGUCAGCACUUUGUGGAACAAAAGUGAUGAGGUCUGUUGGCCGCCAUGAUCAAGAAGCCUUGUCGGAGGAACCAGUGUUGUAUGAUGUUCGCUGUGCUGCGUCAGCAACCAGGUUUGUGGACAUGUUAUUUUUUUAACAAACUUUUUAUAGACAAAGUAUAUUCCUGUUUGUUGGCAAAUUAUUGUCACAAAAGUCUGAGAUGUUUAAGAAAUGAUCAGCCAUGAAGUUCUGAGAUCAUAAUGAGUUCAGCUGCACGCUAAGUGUGGACUGACUAGAAAUGUACAGCAGUGUUUUUGACACACUGCGACAAGGCGUUGAGUCAACAAGAGUUGUCUCCCCUCACAUCUGUUAGUGAUGCUUCUCCUAAACUUGGUAAAAAUGGUAAGCGUUCUGGAGAAGAAAGAUGAAAUCCUACUUUGCUGAUCUUAAAAAGACAAUGAAGGCAGUAAAGCUGGGAGAAAAUUACAGUUAAACUGCUCUGGGUGAAGAGCAUGAAGAAUAAAAUGUCAUAAUACUAACAUAAUUUACAUAAUAGAUACACAUAGUGAGUUUGUUUGUUGUAAAUGGAAGCUGGACUUGAAUGUGUGGAUGUUUGUGUGUGUUAAAGAGAAAAUUAAUGUCUGCAAUAUUGAUGUAAAACAUAAAAUUUAUAUAUAUAUAUGUUCCUAAUAAAUAUAUCUAGUCCAAAAAAUAUUUCAUAUAAAUAUAUGAAUUAUAUAUAUAUAUAAUUAUAAUUUACAUUUAUUUUAAUUGACUUGACCAUGUCAAUGAUAUAAUUCAUUUACAUCCCCUGUUAAACCUACAUAAACUAACCCACCAUUUAAUGUGGACUAGUUUACUAUGUUGAACAGGGGCAAUAGGUCCUACCGCUUUUGUUCUUAUUAAAAUGAUCUCAUAUGAUGACCCAAGAAGAGUUGUCUUCCUUUGUUUAUAACACAGGAAAUCAAUUCCUCUUCACCUGAUGCUAUUGCCCAAAGGAACACAUUUAUAGAAAGAAAUAGCAACAAUGUUACCAUGUAUUUCUCACUUGCUGUCAACUUUUUGAUAUUCACAAAUCUUUUUUCACAAUUUUUCUUUCGACAAUUUAUUGAUGAGGAGGUGAUAUUCAUUAAAUCAUGUUUCUAAUUCAAGAUAAUUUUCCUCUUUAAAAUAAACAUAAAUCUAUACAUUAUAAUUGUUUCUCCCAUAUGAUACCUGGAUUUCUUAAUUCCUCUUUCUAGAUGCUUGGAUAAGCCAUGUCAAAAAUGACAUCACAGUCCUUUGAAGUGGCAGAGUUGCAAUUUGCAUAAAAUGGUAUUUUUUUAGACGGUUCUGAUGGGAAACAUCAUACCAAACAUUCGAAAUAAGAUUCAUCAUGAAUAAUAAAUGCUAAGUUUGUUUUGAACAGUAAUUGAAAACUUAUAGUGCAAGCUUAUAAAACAAAUUUUCGUUUGUCAAGCAAAGGGUUCAAAUGUACAUGUUUACCUUUAAUAGAACAAAUUAUUUGAAAAUAAGUCAUGGAUUUUUGGGAAGGAAAGUUGACUUUUAAAGACAGUAUUGAAAACAGGUCACCUGAAAAUUUGGGAAUGUUUUCUGCUAGGAAUACUGAUAGUGAUUAGACAUAUAUUACUAAAUGUACACAAGUAAAUUGUUCAGCAUAGUUUUUAUUGAGAUAACAAAUUAAAUAUUAUAUCAAGCUUUGAUCACAACCAACAUUGAAAAUCUGACCAAAUAGAAAUUCAGGUUCCUUCGAAAAAAAUUAGUAAUGACUUUAUAAUAAAAAUAAGCCAAGUGUAACUAAGAUUUCUAGGCCCAUAUUCAUGAAACUGUUCUCAUGCUCAAGCAUGGAUUCUGUGCUCAACCUAGCUUUCUAGUAACCCACUUGAAUAAUUUCAAAUGAUCAAAAAUUUAAUUGAAAACAUUGAAAACAGUAUUCGGCUUUUAAGUCUCAAUUCUUUUCAAAAUAAU